AUGCAACAAGAUGCACCACGUUCUUCACGGGAAGGAAAUACGCUGCUGGUCGGUCCAAAUUUCCGUGUUGGAAAGAAGAUUGGUUGUGGGAACUUCGGGGAACUUCGUCUUGGUCGUAAUUUGUAUACCAAUGAAUAUGUUGCCAUUAAACUUGAACCGAUGAAAACUCGUGCUCCUCAAUUGCAUUUAGAGUAUCGAUUUUAUCGUAUACUUCUAAGUGGUGGUGUUGUUGGAUUUCCAAUGGUUUAUUAUUUUGGACCAGUAGGCCGACAUAAUGCGCUUGUAAUGGAAUUGCUUGGUCCAUCUUUAGAAGAUCUAUUUGAAUCAUGUAAACGUCAGUUCUCUUUGAAAACUGUACUGAUGAUAGCAAUCCAGCUGCUUCGACGUAUUGAAUAUGUACAUUCAAAGCAUUUAAUAUAUCGUGAUGUUAAACCAGAGAAUUUUCUUAUUGGACGUCAAUAUUAUAAUAGACAUCGUACUAUAUAUAUCAUUGAUUUUGGUUUAGCUAAAGAAUAUAUUGAUCCAGAAACUCAAAAACACAUUCCUUAUCGUGAACAUAAAAGUCUUACUGGUACUGCACGUUAUAUGAGUAUUAAUACACAUUUAGGCAAAGAACAAUCUCGACGUGAUGAUUUAGAGGCCUUAGGUCAUAUGUUUUUAUAUUUUCUACGUGGUAGUCUACCUUGGCAAGGUUUAAAAGCUGAAAAUCUACGUGAACGUUAUCAGAAAAUCGGUGAUACAAAACGUGCAACUCCUAUUGAUGUUUUAUGUCAUGGUUACCCCGAAAUGGCUACCUAUUUACGAUAUGUUCGAAGUUUAGAUUUUUUUGAAGAACCUAACUAUGAGUAUUUACGUUGGGGAUUCACUGAUUUAAUGCAAAGAAAAGGUUGGGAAUGUGAUUGGGAAUUCGAUUGGUGCAGUCGACCGUUACCUGGAUCUAAACCUCCAGGAUCUACACAUACAUCUGGCGGACAGGCAGUAAAUCCACCCUUAACUAACGUUCCUGCUGCGAAUGCUAGUUGUAUGAAUAAUGGUGUACAAAACACAUCUGGACUUACUUCUCCUACUCAUCAUCCAGUGAAUGGUAAUCAACAAAGUCCUGGUGUUAAUGGUGGUCAUCAUGCAAUGGGAUUAACUGGAACACCUUUAUUAGAUCCUGGUACAUCUCAUUGGCCACCUACUGGACAAUCAAAUAAUGUACCCAGUUAUAUAAAUGAAGAUGGCGGUACAUCACCAAAUGAAUUAAGAUAUAAAGUUGAUGAAUAUUUACCUUCCUAUUUUGGUCAGCAAACAACAAAUCAAACUAUUAUGCAUACCGGUCUUCUUGGUGCUAAUAAAAUUGGUUCACCUAAUGACGGUAUUGUAGAUGAUGUUGGACCUACUGGUGUUGGCGGCGGUGGUGCUAUGCCCACUUCAAACUCUAGCGGUUUGCCAUAUGGUGGCGGUGGUGCUGUAUCCGGUACAAAUGCCGGUGGUACACAUAUUCGGAAUAUAACCGGUUUAUACAGUGGCGGUGGUCCAGAAGAAACUAUGGCUCGAGAUAUUGAUGACAAUUUAGGCAUGGGAGUUGGCAUGACAACAACAGAAUCAUCACCUGAAAAUGUAGUUGGCGCUGAACAAGAUGAUAUACAAAGUCAAUCAGGUUGUUGUGGCUGCUUUGGUCAACGGUCUAAAAAUCGACGUCUUCGAUCUCAGUUUAUCUAG